CAGCACCUCCACGCGCAUGCGCACGGAGGGAGGCCUGCUCUUCGCAGAGACGGCUUAAGAACCUAGUAGUGACGCGAGCGCCUUCCCGGUUUGCCCGGCUCGCCCUGUCCGUCUUUCACCUCCCGGCCUCCGUUCCUUUCGGUCCGACGCGCCUCGGCCCCGCCCCAGCCCACCGGAUUCUUUCCAGCUCGACCCCGGCUGCCAGUUUCCCCCGCCGCCAUGAUGAUGAUGGCGUUGAGCAAGACCUUCGGGCAGAAGCCCGUCAAGUUUCAGCUGGAGGACGACGGGGAGUUCUACAUGAUCGGCUCCGAGGUGGGAAACUACCUGCGUAUGUUCCGAGGUUCUCUGUACAAGAGAUACCCCUCACUCUGGCGGCGACUAGCCACUGUGGAAGAAAGGAAGAAAAUAGUGGCAUCGUCACAUGGUAAAAAAACAAAACCUAACACUAAGGACCAUGGAUACACCACCCUGGCCACCAGCGUGACACUACUGAAAGCCUCAGAGGUGGAAGAGAUUCUGGACGGCAAUGACGAGAAGUACAAGGCUGUGUCCAUCAGCACAGAGCCCCCAACCUACCUCAGGGAACAGAAGGCCAAGAGAAACAGCCAGUGGGUCCCCACCCUGCCCAACAGCUCCCACCAUCUGGACGCUGUGCCGUGCUCCACCACCAUCAAUAGGAAUCGCAUGGGUCGGGACAAGAAGAGAACCUUCCCCUUGUGCUUUGAUGACCACGACCCAGCUGUGAUCCAUGAGAAUGCAUCUCAGCCCGAGGUACUGGUCCCCAUCCGGCUGGACAUGGAGAUUGACGGGCAGAAGCUGCGAGAUGCUUUUACCUGGAACAUGAAUGAGAAGCUAAUGACCCCAGAGAUGUUUUCAGAAAUACUUUGUGAUGACCUGGACUUGAAUCCACUGACUUUUGUGCCGGCUAUUGCCUCUGCCAUUCGACAGCAGAUCGAGUCCUACCCCACAGACAGCAUCCUGGAGGACCAAUCUGACCAGCGUGUCAUCAUCAAGCUGAACAUCCAUGUGGGGAACAUCUCCCUGGUGGACCAGUUUGAAUGGGACAUGUCAGAGAAAGAGAACUCCCCAGAGAAGUUUGCCCUGAAGCUGUGCUCGGAGCUGGGCUUGGGCGGGGAGUUUGUCACCACCAUUGCGUACAGCAUCCGAGGACAGCUGAGCUGGCACCAGAAGACCUAUGCCUUCAGUGAGAACCCACUUCCCACAGUGGAGAUUGCCAUCCGAAAUACUGGAGAUGCUGACCAGUGGUGCCCCCUGCUGGAGACACUGACGGAUGCUGAGAUGGAGAAGAAGAUCCGGGAUCAAGACAGGAACACAAGGCGAAUGAGGCGUCUUGCCAACACUGCCCCAGCCUGGUGAUGAAGCCAUCCAUGCUCGACUUCUACUGAGCAUCUCAAAAGACUGCCUUUCCCUCCUCUGUGGUAAAGAGAAAGGCAACGGGACAGCUGGUGCCAUCCUGAGGACUGGGGUAGGAGCCUCCCGGGUGCCUUCCUUCAGCACACAUUCCACUCGCUAAACCCCCGCACUGUCCCCGAGUCUAGAGACGGGAAGCAGCCUCAUUUGGGUUGUGUUGUUUUUGUAUAGGAGCCCCAGGCAGGGCUAGUAACACUUUUAAAUAAAAGGUAACAUGUUCAGUUUC